UAUUUUUGUGAUAAAGAUGUUUUGAUAUUUGAUAAUGAUGCUUACUGAAAAUAAAAAAAAAAUUAAAUAAUUCUAAGAUAACUACUGAUAACUUAUAUUUUAUAACAAGAUCUCAUACAUAACCUUAAAAUUAAGCAUACUGAUCAAAGAAUAUUACAUACGGAAAACUAAAAUGUUUAAAUCUCUGCAGCAAUACUUUAAGAGGUCAUACCUCGUAGUAAAUCGCUGUAUCCACAAUGAAUAUAUUGUUACAAAUGAGAGUAAUGGAACCCGGGAAAUUACUUUACAUCAUGAGAAAACAAAUCAAUAUUUACAGGAAUUCAUUAUCAUUGGAAAUGAUGAACAAUCUCAUAGAAGCUAUCAACACAAAUAAAGAUGAUAUAUCUUUGAGGGUCAUAGUGCUCUCAGCUAAGGGGAAUGUGUUCUCUGCAGGGCAUAAUUUAAAAGAAUUUUGUAGUGGGGAAGUCGAGCAACAUAAACUUAUAUUCAGCAAAGCAACUGAGUUAAUGAAGUCUAUUGUAUUAAGUCCUGUUCCUGUAAUAGCCAAGGUAAAUGGAUUUGCCACAGCAGCAGGAUGUCAACUAGUCGCAACUUGUGAUAUGAUUGUAUGUUCUGAUACCAGCAAAUUCUCAACACCUGGGGCAAACUUUGGUAUAUUCUGCUCAACACCUGGCAUAGCUGUGGGUAGAUCCGUGCCAAAAUCUCGGGCCAUGUAUAUGCUUCUUACAGGUGAACCAUUAUCAGCACAGCAAGCUUACGAAAGCGGUCUAGUCACAAAAGUAGUGCCAGCAAAUGAAUUAGACAAAGAAGUAGAAAAAAUAACACAAAAAAUUAAUCUAAAAAGUCGAAAUGUUAUUGCAUUAGGAAAACAAUUCUUUUACAAGCAAAUCAACCUUGAUUUGUUCAAGGCCUAUGAAUUAGGACAGGAAGUAAUGGUUGAUAAUAUCAAUACUAAAGAUGGACAAGAAGGAAUAUCGAGUUUUGUUGAAAAACGAAAAGCAAAAUGGAAUCAUCAAUAGUUUUAUCACAGAUAACAACAAAGAACAUUAACACUUACACUUAUCUCUAAUAUUCUUUGAUUGUAAAUAAUAGAUAAAAUCAACUAAAAAUAAAGUGGGUACUCUAAUAAAAA